AUGUCGGAAUCAGUUUCAAAUAAUUUAAACGAAAAUGCACCAAUUGAUGAAAGAAAUAAAAUUGACUCUUCAGUUUUGUCAACGCCACGUCGAGCAUUUGGCGACAUGAAAAAUGCUUUUGUGACUCCCAGCAGGUCAACGAACUGCAAAAAUACAAAUAUUAUAAAGAAAAUUAAAAAUGAUUUUGAAGUUUUCGAAGAAAAAGAUGAAACGGUCGAUUAUCUAUCAAAAAAAUGUGAAAGUGACGUUAAAAAAGAAAGUUCUGAAGAGCAAUUUAAUCGAAUCGAUCCAGAUGCACCAGUGGAUACCGUUACCUUCUCGGACGAUUCUGAUGAUUUUCUUGCUCCUGAAUUUGAACGAGAUGGCAAUAUUGUGGAUUUAUUUUGCGAUAUGCUUAUGGAUGAUCGAUUAAAUCAGUGCAUCUUUUCUCACUGGUUAACUCACGAACAAAUGGAUUUAUUGAAAAAUGGCAAACCGUUGUAUAAUGGCCCUUUGGAUUUGAGAAUUUUGCACGUAGACCCUAAACAUUUAUUCUAA